AAAAACAUAUUAAUAUGGAUUAUAGCAUAGUAUUCUCUUAAGCGCACAUGAAGCCGUUCAAGAGAAAUGGAUUCCUAGUCCCCGCAUUUAUGUUGAAUUUAAUGAACUCACAUAAAUUAAAUAUAAUUAAAAAUACCUAUGUUGUUUGUUGUUAUUAUAGUUCCUAUAAUAGGUGCCAUGACAACAGUCAAUAAUAACAUUAAAAAUUACUUACAGGAUUUUAAACUAAAAAAGCACUUAGACAAAUAAGAUGUCACUGUUAUAAUAAGCAUUUACUCGAAUAGAUUAUAAAUGUCUUACCAAGAUUUAUUUAAAUUUACAGAGGUUAUGAGAUCACUAGGAUUUCAUAAACAAUUAGCUAUGGAUAGUUUUCACAACCCAAAUUUCUCAUUGGUAUCGGAAGUUUUACUUUGGCUUUCUUUGCGUUUUGAACCUGACUCAAACUUAUCACAUGACAUUGAAACGCCCGAACAAAGAGUGUACUUUUUACGAUCUAUGGUGGAAUUUUUUGUCAUUAAAGCCAAUAUCAAGCUCAAUGUAAAAAAACUCUAUCAAGCAGAUCGUAAUGCCGUUGGGGAAUUAUUAAAAAUCACCGAUCUAUUAAAUUAUGCGUUAAAUUCAAAAAGUACUUUUAAUGAGGAACUAGGAUUUUCUAAAAUUGACACAAAUUUAAUUUAUAAAGCCAGUGAAUUAAAAACAACCAGAGAUUUGGCAGCACAAGUUACUCAGAAAGGUGCUGAUCUGUUUCGAUCACUCGAAGAAGAAGUUGAACUACGAUUAAUCAGAGAGAACCGAAUAAAUGCAGCUUUGGAUAUAUCUGAAGUAGAACAAAGUAUAAAAUCGCUGAUUGAGAAAACUAAACAAAAAACAGAGCAAACCAAACAAAUGAUGAAAAAUAUAUCUGCUACUUCAGCAAACUUGGAUGCAAAAAUUUCCAAAAGACGUGAAGAUUUGGAAAGAAAUUCAAAGAGACUAAGUACAUUAAAACAAGUUAGACCUGCAUUUUUGGAAGAAUUUGAAGACCUUGAAUCUGAACUUAGGAAUUUAUAUCAGGAAUACAUUACUAGACAAAGAUGUAUAAGCUACUUGGAACAACAACAAGAACAAGUUGCUCAAGUGGAGCUAAUGCAUAUUCAAGAGCAACAAGAAAUGGCAAAAAAAUUUAUUGAAACUAAUAAAAUAGAUGAAGAUUUAAAACUAUUAGAAGAAGUUAAUAACGAGCAUUAUAACACUCCAUUUACUGAAAGCGCUUGUGAUAUUGGUGAUGGUGUCAAAGGAAGAGUUAGUAGUGCUGCAACAAAUAGAAAUCGUGGCAUGUUUGACAGACUAUCAGACAGCGACACAGAUUCCGAUUUAAUGUUAGAUGAUGAAGAAGAUUCUAAUGUUUUAGCCUCUGAUGGUGAUCUAUCAACUUCGAGAGCAGAGAAGUCAGGAAGUAUUCAUAGUGAUAGCGAUAAUAAUUAGUCAAAAACUAACAUUCUAAACUUUUGAAAGUAACAUUGUUUAAUAAUUUCUUUUUUUUUUUGUGUAUCAGAAAGUUUUUAUAUUUUCUUCACAAUUUGUACAACAUCUUCAUCAUUUAAUUCAUGAUCUUUUCCAACUUUUUGUGGCAUGUGUUUUACAGAUGAACCCCAAACAAGGGCACUGAAAAAAAAAAAAAAGUUUAUAAUUUAUAGUAAAGUUAAUAAUUCUUA